ACUGCUGUUCACGUUUAGUUGAUGUUGAGAUGACACCCCCGGGCUCUGUCCUAUACUGCCCUGAAUUGCUAGCAGACUGGGCUGUCAUCAUGCAUUACGUCCCAGAGAUGUGAUCCAUAAUCUAUGUCAUUUGACCCAUAUACGGAAAUCGAUUACAGGCCUUUAAGGGGUUGCAUUCAGUUAGUGUAGUAAAAAAUCAGCCUCUUUCUAUUCAAUGGAGAUAUCAUUUGAAUCAAAAAGUUCUGUAAUUUUUUGUACAACAGUGGCACCUCACAGCGCCUCCUCAGGGGCGCCUCGCCCCACUAUUUGACAAGUACAUGUGCAAACUUUCACCAAGUUUUACCAGUAUCCCCCUUUCCUAAGCCUCCACUUGGCACGUUCCUUUGAAACUUCCAAAUAUGGUUCCCAGUGGGCGUGGCUUGGUUGGACCAUUCCUGACACCUAAUCAGAGGAGGACCAUGUGGAAGGCCAGGUGUGGACUAGAGGACAGAGGUGCAGAGACGGUUCAGGAAAACAACAGACUCGUGGCUGGACUGUGAGGAGUCGGCGUGGAGACGGCGGACAGGUUGCUAGGCGACGGCAGAUGGGCAAUUCCCUGUGCAGGAUAAAAGAAUGGGUGGAUCAGAUGCAGAAUGAGUUGGUCACAAUGACGGAUGGAGCCAGUGGUCUGCAGGACCUCACGCAGAUUUAUAAAACACACAAAGCUCACUACAGCGUAGAGAGAAACGAUGCAAGACAACUGGUGGCAACAGCAGCCGGGAACAUUGAAGGUCUUCUGGCCAACCGCUCCCGGGCCCUGAAGAAGCUGGCCAGUGAAGCAGAGAAGUUUCAGAAGGAGCACUCCUGGAGGGACGACAGUGAGGCGGACAAAAUUGUUUACUACAAUGCCAAAGAUGAAGUUAACCAGACAGAACGAUAUGUUCCCGAGGAUUUUCAAAUAGACCCUGACUUCAAGAGACUUGUCUCCUACAACACCACGGCUGUCCACAUCCCUACGGAUAUAUACGAAGGCUCUACCAUCAUUCUAAAUGAGCUGAACUGGACAGAAGCCUUGGAUGAAGUUUUCCGGAAAAAUAAAGCGGACGAUCCGUCUCUUCUCUGGCAGGUGUUUGGUUCUGCCACCGGACUGGCGCGGUACUACCCAGCAUCCCCUUGGAUGGACGUUAGCAACUCGGCUAAUAAGAUCGACCUCUAUGAUGUACGCAGGAGACCUUGGUACAUUCAGGGAGCUGCGUCACCCAAGGACAUGCUGAUCUUGGUGGACGCGAGUGGCAGUGUUUCAGGUCUCACGCUCAAACUCAUUCGCACGUCCGUUAGCAAGAUGCUGGAGACGCUGUCUGAUGAUGACUUCGUCAACGUGGUGUCUUUCAAUGAAAAGGCCUCGUAUGCAGCGUGUUUCCAGAACCUGGUGCAGGCUAACGUUCGCAACAAGAGGAUCCUCCAGGACGCCGUGAAGGACAUCGUGGCCAAGGGCAUGACCAACUACAAGGGUGGUUUUGAGUUGGCCUUCGAGCAGCUCGCACAGAUGAACGUCUCCAGAGCAAACUGCAACAAGAUCAUCAUGCUCUUCACUGACGGUGGAGAGGAAAGAGCAGAGGAGAUCUUUCAGAAGUACAACCCAAAACAAGCGGUUCGCAUCUUCACAUUUUCAGUAGGUCAACACAACUACGACAAGGGACCAAUACAGUGGAUGGCCUGUGCAAACAAAGGCUAUUACUACGAGAUUCCUUCCAUCGGUGCCAUUAGACUCAACACACAGGAGUACCUUGAUGUUUUGGGCAGACCAAUGGUGAAGGCCAAUGAGAGGGCCAAGCAGGUUCAGUGGACCAACGUCUACCUGGACGCACUGGAGCUCGGCCUGGUCAUUACUGGAACCCUGCCUGUCUUCAACAAAACCAGUACUGGUUCAAAGAAAUCCCAGAACCAGCUCAUCCUGGGGGUGAUGGCUAUUGAUGUUUCCCUGGAGGACAUCAAGAGACUCACGCCUCGGUUCACCUUUGGACCAAACGGUUACUACUUUGCCAUCGAUCCAAACGGAUAUGUGCUACUCCACCCUAAUCUCCAGCCACUAACCGCCAAGUUUAAUGAACCUGUGACGCUCGACUUCCUGGACGCCGAGAUGGAGAGCGAGAUCAAAGUGGAGAUACGGAAGAAAAUGAUUGACGGGUUAACAGGGGAUUACACAAUAGCUACUCUGGUGAAGUCACAAGACGAGCGCUACAUGGACCAAGGUCAGAGGUCAUACACCUAUGCACCCGUGAAGGGGACAGAUUACAGCCUGGCCCUGGUUCUACCUGAGUACAGUAUGCAUUACAUCCGGGCCACAAUCGGUGACACAAUCACCCAGGCGAGAUCAUUUUUGGGGAAAAAUGUUUCUGAAAGUCUUCUGGCAGAGAAGUUUGAUGAAUACGGCUAUACUUUUAUUGCACCGAGGCCAUACUGCAAGGACCUGAAGCCACCUGACAAGAAUAAAAACAACACCGAGUUCCUCGUGGAGUUCAACGAUUAUAUUGACACGAAAACUCCAAACAAUCCCAUGUGUAACGUGGACCUUGUGAACCGCCUGCUCCUGGAUGCGGGCAUCACCUCAGAUCUGAUCAAGAUCUGGAAACAAAAGGAGUCCCAGCCUGGAGUCUCAGCCAGAUUUGUUGCCACUGAUGGAGGAAUCACCAGGGUUUUCCCCAAAAGCGCUGGGCUGGAGUGGACAGAAGAAGCAGAGACAUAUGAAUCAAGUUUCUAUAAGCGCAGCUUGGACAACGAUCUGUACAUCUUCACGCCAACACCUUACCUGGAGAGAGAGAACGCAACGUAUGACUCUGUGCUGGUGAGCCGAGCCGUGAACCUCGACCUCAACGGUAUCACAGUGAAACCUGCCGUGGUUGGUGUGAAGCUGGACAUCAGCUCCUGGAUGGCCAGAUUCAUCAACACCACCCAGAGGUUGAAUUGCAAUGAUGAGAUCUGUGGAUGUCAGAGAAACGAUGAGUAUGUGGACUGUGUGAUUCUGGACGAUGGAGGCUUCCUGGUCAUGUCCAAUCGGGAUGAAUAUCUCGAUCAGAUUGGCCGUUUCUUUGGAGUGAUUGAUCCUGUUCUCAUGAGGAGCCUGAACGACUCCCUGUUCACCCUGAAGCAAACCUUCGACUACCAGUCCCUCUGUGAUCCGAAGAAGGAGAGCAAGGCUGCAGCUGGGCUCAGAUCUGUCUAUGUGCCCACAAUAGCAGAUAUCUUGAAUGUAGGAUGGUGGGCCACAGCUGCAGCAUGGUCAAUACUGCAACAGAUACUGGUCAGCAUCACAUUCCCAAACUUUUUGGACGCAGCUGAGAUGGACGAUGAGUUGUCUGACGCCAUGCUGAAAGAGGUCUGCAUCACCAAGCAAACCCAGUUUUAUUUCAUGAACAACAAUCAGUCCUUCAGAGGAACAGUUGACUGUGAAAACUGCUCCAGGCUCUACCACGCUGAAAAGCUGCCCAAGACUAACUUGGUCUUUAUCAUCGCUGAUGCGAAACUCACCUGCUCGUCCUGUGACGCCACCCUGAUGAAGCAGGACGAGGAGCCGUCUGAAGGCCCAGAUCCCUGUGAAAUGGCUCUGAAUCCUCGGUACAGGAAAGGACCUGCAGUCUGUUUCGACAAAAACGAACAUGAGGAAGAUCCUGACUGUGGUGGAGCAUCUGGUCUGAGUCCCUCACUUUCAUUAAUGGUGGCUCUUCAGCUGAUACUGCUCUGGGUCCUGAACGGAUCCAGAAACCUGGCUGUUCCGUCAUGACCUCCGAAAAAUCCAAUCACACCCUCAACCACUGAAUCUGUAACACUGCAACCAGCAUGCAAUGCUGCCACCCAAUCACGAAUGCCCAACUUGUGGAGAAGUUACCUGAUUUAAAAAAAAAAAAAAAGAAAAGCCUGAAUGUUUUUUUCCAGUCUUUUGUUGUCCAGUCUGGACAUGGAGGUGAGGAAUAACGAAGACUCCGUCCAUCGUCCCUGUGACAAUGCAGUUAAAGGUGAACUUUUCUUGACUUGAUGUCACAAAGGAGAUUGGAUUGCCUUACAGUAUCUUAGGGAUACGAUCCCAAUGGAACCUUUUUUUUUUUUCUUUUUUUUUUUUGCAGUUUAAAUCACCACUGUCAUAAACUCAUUUUUGCUUUUUUGUCAACUGUAACUUAAUUUAUUUGUUUUUAUUUAUUUUUGAUCUAUAAUUAGGCUAAGAUUGCGUUAAAUUAUGCCAACAUUUUUUACACAUAGCAAUUUUUAUUUACUAUUCAAAUGCCUUAGUUGGGUUACUGAAGAAUAAUAUUUUCUCAAUCUGUUUUUUAGACAGUAACAUCUUCAACAUUUUUACAUUUUUUUAAAAAAAACAUUAUUAUGUUUAGGCAACAAAACCGUCAAUGAAACCACCUGCCACAAAUGACCUGCUUCAUGCGUCUCGGGGCUCACUGUCCUCCGACCCCCUCCCCCUACCAAAAAUUAGCUCCAAUCAAGAGUCAUUAUCAUCUUGAUUUUUUUAUUUUUUUUUAAAUUAUUUUCUUAGUGUCGGUGUUGGAUGUUCUCCAGAGAAAUCUUUGCUGCCAUAUCCCACGUCAACCAAUCAGGACAAAGCUGGCAGGUGCCCUCCUUGUGCUCAGUGGACAAAAUCUCUAGUGCCAUGUGGACUGUGUGACUGAGACAAACCCGUUGAGCUUUGCAACAUGAAAUGGGUCGAAGUGUAGUAUUUUAUUUAUAUUGACUUAAUUAUUGUGGUUUGACUGAAGCGUCGGGGCAGCAUGCUACUGUGUGUGUUUUUUGGCCAUGGAUUAUAGAAGAGUUUGUUGAAGCUGAUUGGCUUGUGUUCGCUGCUGUCAGUUUUUUUUUUUUUUAAUUUAUUUAUUUGAAAGACUGUUGUCUGCACAGCAGUUCAUUCUGCAGCUGAUCUUUAUCUCUACAGUGUGACGUUCUAGCUGAGGAAACCAGUCAUUGUCCUUGUCUAAAAUUCUGAGGAUCCUCUGACAUUGGCUCAACAUCAGUUCUCUUGAUCUUCAACCACAAAUGCUGGCUGUGAACCUUCUAGUGCGCGCCACCUGUUUUUUUGUUUUUGGUAUGACAAUGUCUUCAGGUAAACGGUAAUUGACAGUCUGUACCUUUUUAGCCCUGAUGACUGUACUCCAAGUGCUUUACGCUCCAGGUUUGUCAUGAGUCUGUUGACAGCUGAGGCCGGCAGAAACGGGUUGGCGGACAAGUUUUUUGUCAUUUUUCACCAAGACUAAACUCCUAAACGCUUGGAUUAAAAGACAACUGCACUAC